AUUACCCUUCAAAUUUUUAUCUCCACGUGUACUAUUCGUAUAUCCAAUCCUCAAUUUUCCCGCCACAGAAAUUUAUUAUUGUGAUAUAAGUGAUUAGUCAUAAUUGUCAUUCCAUGUUCUGAGUCGAGAAAACAUUUCGAGUUUACAGAGUUUAUUAGUAGAAAUAUAAUUGAACAGUCAUGGCCGAUGCAGCGGCCAAAAGGGAAGCCCGAAGACGAAGAAUUCUCGAAAAUUCAGAAUAUCGAUUACAAAAAAUCACAGGUCAUGCCAAUCACAAAGAAUUUCCAGCAGAAGAAGUAAACAGAAAAGUCAUCGAGACUGAAUCAACCUCUUCGAAUUCAAGUUCGAACGGAAUUUUGAGCAGCGAACAAAUGCUGCAAAAUCAAUCGUUCGAUUCUCUAAUUGAUGAUUUUAAUACAAGUUUAGACAACGAUGAACCCAUCAAAUUCGACCAAAUGUAUUCAGCGACGCAAGAGCUUUUGAAUCAUGUCCUCUCUGGACAAAAUAUUCAUCAUCGACGCUCUACGGAAGUGACUUACAGCCCCAACAACUAUGCCAACGCAGAAUCAUUCAAUUUCAAUAAUUCCAACAACAUCAGAUUCUCUCAGGAAAAGAACGAGUCUCAUCCAUUGCUUAAUCACGUGGAAAGAGAUAUUCCUGCAACCAGUAAUUCAACCCUUGAAAAACCAUCAUUUCUCAUAAGCGCCUUGUCAAGCCGACUGGUAUACGUCAUACUUGCAGUUGUUGUAAAUAUUAUGAUAGUUCUGAAACUGGAGCAUUUAUUUGGAGCGAGUGUAAUGGUUCCAUUUUUGGCAGUGGUGAUUGGACGUUUGUGUACGUCAAAAACCGACGAGGCAACUCAAGGCAACAAUAUGUUGGUAGCUGCCCUCAUACUAUCAAAUUGCAGGCCUGAUUUCGUAAAAGUUAUUCAAAGACUCAAGGGUAUAUUGUCGAUCAUCGGAAAAGUGUUUCGGGACCUGGCUAUAUACAUUUUCACUUUUGUAAUAUUAUACACGGUGAUUUCACCGUACAGAAGCAGUCCCGAUGACAUAUUGCCUAUUGAAAAAAACGCGGAAACAAUAUUCGAGAAUGACAUGACAAUGUAAAUUACAGAGGACGAUAAUCAAGUUACACAAAAAUCAAUUGAUUUCUUAUAUUUUUCUUCAACUUAUCCGUGCUUCUAAAUUAUUUUUCUUCGAUCAAGGACGGACACCCGUACACUUGUAAAUACGUCCCAUUAAUAGUGUCAAGAAAAUCACACGCAUUUCGCCGAUCUCGACGUUAUUCGUUGCCUUCUGAGUGUAAUAUCAAUUUGAAUAAUAAACAAUCAGCCUUUUCACAUCA